AUGAAAUAUAAAAAUACAAUACAAUGCUGCCCACAUUCUUUGGAUAAUGGGUUUUGUACGGGAAAUUUGUUUUUAAUUUGUUUUGGAAAUUGUGAUAAAAAAGUUUUGAUUGGUACAGGCAAGAUUGGGAUUAGUAGUGAAUCAAAAAUAUAAACUGUCGUCUGAUUCCUUAUAUAAAUUGCAAUCCAAUGUGAUCCAUCAUUUUUUGCUCUAUCGAGAUUGACUACCAUCGAACAUGGAAAUUUUUGUAUUUCUUUUGGGAUCUUAUCAGCUGCAAAACAUCCUAUAAAAUAUCUUCUUGUAAUUCGGCUCUCAUAUAAAAUUUUUUCAAUUUGAAUUGUAUUCAUCGUUUUCGCCUCGAUUUGACGUUUCUCCACUCGGUAUUCUUGUAAUUU